UUGCGUCCUUGGCAUAAAAUGUUUGAAAACUUUUUCCUUGCGUCUCAAUACAUCGCUCAUAUCGAUGGUAUCGACACUUGAUUUGCUCACAUCAGCUCUGUGUUCGAUGAGUAAUGCCUUGUUCACUCCACGUGCACUUGUUUGGGGAAAGAUGGCGGCUCCCACUAGCGAUAUUGAAGCGGUCGCUGCGAAAAAACCAAAUGUGCGAGUACCGAGGAGAGUGGCCAAUCAUAUUCCUGACGAGAUCCUCAAAGAUCCAGAGCUCAUUGAGGCCAUUAAGGCUUUGCCAGCUAACUACAAUUUUGAGAUCCACAAAACAAUAUGGAGGGUGCGACAAGCCAAAGCCAAGAGAGUGGCCUUGCAGUUGCCCGAGGGUCUGCAGAUGUUUGCCUGUGUGAUCGCUGACAUCAUUGAGAGGUGGGUACCGCAUACACUCACGCAGCGCUCCUCUGGACUGUGGAUGCACAUCCUUGUGGCCUUGCAGUUGCCCGAGGGUCUGCAGAUGUUUGCCUGUGUGAUCGCUGACAUCAUUGAGAGAUUCACAGAGGCGGACACUCUGGUGAUGGGAGAUGUGACAUACGGGGCCUGCUGCGUGGACGACUUCACUGCCCGCGCUUUGGGAGCUGACUUCAUGGUGCAUUAUGGACACAGUUGUCUCAUCCCCAUAGACUCCACUGAGGGCAUCAAGAUGCUGUACGUGUUUGUGGACAUCCAGAUUGACACUGCCCACUUCCUGGACACACUCAGGUUCAACUUUCCCCCUGGCCACUCGCUCGCCCUCGUCAGCACCAUCCAGUUUGUGGCUGCUUUACAGGCAGCCAGUGCAGAGUUGAAGCCAGAUUACGAGGUGUUGGUACCUCAGUGUCGGCCGCUUUCUCCUGGGGAGAUCCUCGGAUGCACCUCGCCUCGUCUGGAGAAACAUGUCAAUGCCAUCAUUUAUCUUGGAGACGGAAGAUUUCAUUUGGAAUCCAUCAUGAUUGCCAACCCAGAUAUACCAGCCUACAGGUAUGACCCAUACAGUAAAGUGUUUUCUCAAGAGUAUUAUGACCAUGAGGCAAUGCGGACCACCAGACUGCAGGCCAUAGAGAGCGCCCGCUCAGCCCAAAGAUGGGGCCUCAUCCUAGGCACCCUUGGCCGUCAGGGCAACCCCAAAAUCUUGGAGCACUUAGAGUCUCGAUUGGAGUCUUUGGGCCGUUCAUUCACACGUGUGCUCCUGUCUGAGAUUUUCCCCGGUAAGCUGGAGCUCCUGGCAGACGUGGACGCGUGGGUGCAGAUCGCUUGUCCUCGCCUCUCCAUCGACUGGGGAACGGCUUUCUCCAAACCCUUGCUGUCUCCAUAUGAGGCAGCAGUAGCGCUGCAGCAGGUGGGAUGGCAGGAGGUGUAUCCUAUGGAUUUCUAUUCCAAUCAGAGCCUGGGGGCCUGGACUCCAAAUCACCCAGACAACCAACCAAAAAGGCCUUCUCGCAAACUCAUGCAGAAGGCGGGUUCAGAUGUCGGUCAGCAGAUGAGGAGAUGUUGCCGUGAACAGAGCGCCUCCUGUGGCUGCCAGCCGGAAUAGCACGGCCAACCACAGAUCACUGUGGACAUCUGCAGGAGACAAGCGAGCCAAUCAGAUCUCACUAUUGACAUCACAGCCCAACACACUUCAUCAAAUCAACCCUCAGUUGACACGAGACAGUGAGAGAGAGAAAACACAAGUGAGAGAGAAAGAAAAGGAGCUGCCAGCCACUUUGCAUAAGUGACCUUCAUCCUUUCAAAAUUACAGCGGGAAAUGAGAGCGUGUUCAGAAUUAUUCUUCUGCAGAGGAAGAUAAUACUCAUUCUGAAUUCCAGCUCUGACUUUUUUUAUUUCCCAUUAUGCCGGGAUGAGAGAUUCUCCAACAGAAAGGAGCUCUUUGAAUGUCUUGUACAGAAUGUGUUUUAGUUACGCGCAAA